AUGGCCGCUGUCCGUUCACGUGGGCAUGUGCUGCCACCCCGAGCCAGCGCCAUUCUCCUGGUCUUGGCGGCCCAGCUGCCGGGUCUGCGCGCCCAGCCGGGCCAGGCGGUUCCCUGCGUGGAUGACUGUUUGGCCGAAGCUUUGGCCGAGGAUCCGACAAAGGGGUGCCCUCCGGGCACGUAUUGGCUGCCCUAUCCGCCAAAUCUGCCCGUCGACUCCUGUCAGCUUUGCCCUCCGGGAUCCUAUUGCCCAGGAGUUCCCUACGGCAACUUCACGGACUACCCGGUGAACCUGAACCGUCGCAUCUUGUGCCCCGCCGGUCGCUUCAAGAACAUCACCGGCGCCGCCACGCUGGAGGACUGCGACUUUUGCCCGCCGGGCUUUUUCAAUAGUGAGGCUGGGUCGACUCUUUGCGUGGGCUGCCCGGCCGGUACCUACUCCAUCACGUCGGGAUCUUCCAACACCGGGGACUGCAGCCUUUGUCCUGCUGGGCACUUCUGCCCUGCGGCCACUGGGCACCCAGUGCCGUGCGCUCCCGGCACUUUCGUGUCCUUUGCUGGGAUGACGUCCGACACGGACUGCAGUAACUGCACGGUGGGCCACUACUGCCAGCUUGGCACGGUGCACCCCAUGGAAUGCCCGCCCGGCAGCUACGGCAACACGACCGGCCUGGCAGGAAAUGGCUCCUAUCCUGGCACCUUCCUGCCCGCGGACUGGGUGGACAUUACAGUAUCUGGCGUAGGGGACACGGACUGCGCGGCCUGUCCAUCCGCGGCCUUCUGUGUUACUGGCAGCACCCGCCCAACGCAGUGCCCAGCCGGGACUUUCUCCACAGGACUCGCCAAGGAAGAAGCCGACUGUGAAGUCUGCCCUGUUGGCUUCAAGUGCGGCCAGACGGUUGUGACGGACUUCAUGCAGUCCGCCGUGUCGCGCGAGCCCGAUGGAAGUUCCACAGCAGGCAGCGAUGGCCCAGAAGCAUGCCCGGAGGACAACACGACGAUUCAUUUUUCCUUCCCGAAUUACACGGGCUGCGUGGAGAACUGUCCGUACCACUUCGAGCGCCAGAGCUACUGCCACGUCGCCGGCGAUGGCCGAGUACCAGACAGGACGGCUACAGCGGCGCGAGUUGAGCAGCUCAUCGACCUCCGUGGACCCCGCGGAGAUGCGGUGCGCUCUCAGGCUUUAGCCGACUUGGGCAUGAUCUUGGGCAACCUCACCGCGGAGGAGGCAGCAGGCAACCUGACCAUGAUCGACCACAACGGGCGGGGACCGCUACACAAGGCCGCGAUGCUGGACGACGUCCCUUUGUUGGAUGUGCUCCUGCAAUUUGGAGGCGCUGACCCUGCCACGAUGGAUGGAGCACGUGAUGCCGACGGUUUCACUGCGCUCAUGCAGGCCCUGCUCCUGAACAACACCGAUGCCUCCGACUGGCUGGUUGCCAAUGGCGCCACCGUGACCCAAGCGGACUUGGACCUCUUGGCCAUGCGGGGCGUGGAGUCUUCCUUGCCCGCAGCAGCUGCCUCUGCAGCACCUGCCUAUUUGGGCCGAAGUUCUUUUCCAUGGACGGGCCCUAGCGCGGCGGAUUUUGGGGGCCUGCCGGUCUCGAGCCCCAUGCCGACGACCACGCUGUAUGUGUUCUCCACGACGACGACAAUGACCCAUUCCAGCACCACGACGCAGACGGUAACGGUUACCAGCACCUUCACGACGACUUAG